UCCAGCCUUGCGGAGAGAGCGCAACAAACAUGGCGACAGAGCGGAGCGGCCAGGGGUGUCUUCUAACUUUCAUCGUGUUCCUCUGGAGCUCUGUCGGCGGGCGAACGGAGACGUCGAGCUCCGGUUCCAGCAGUCAGAUCCUGGGCAUGCGGCUGGAGAGGAGCGACAAAGCGGCCAGCACGACGGAGGACGGGCUCAUCCAGGUAACGGAGGAGAGCAGCGUCCUGCUCAGGUUUUAUGGGGUGCACCUGAGCCCGGACGCAGCAUCCCACAUCAGGUUCACGGAGUAUGUGGACACGGAGGAGAGUGACGCGUUAAACAGGACUUGUGAGGAUUUCACCAAAGACCUGAGCAUCAACACUUACAUGAACGUGAGCAACAGAGGGACAUCAGGUCUGGUGAAUGUGUAUGUAAAGCCACUACGUAAGAGUGAACGAGAAAAGACCUACAGCUUAUGUGUCAGACAGGGUUUUGGAGACAAAUGGGUCCAGCUGGGUGAAAAUGAUGGGAGAUUAGUGGUUAUUGAGGAGAAGGAAUCUCUUUUACCGCUUUGGCUCCAAGUCAUCCUGGUUUCAGGGUUGCUGGUGUUGUCUGGCAUGUUCAGUGGGCUCAACCUGGGGCUCAUGGCGUUGGAUCCAAUGGAGCUUCGUAUUGUGCAAAGUUGUGGAACUAAUAAGGAAAAGAAGUAUGCGCGAAAAAUCGAGCCCAUUCGGAGCAAGGGCAACUAUCUGCUUUGCUCUUUAUUGUUGGGUAAUGUGCUGGUCAACACAACUUUGACAAUCCUACUAGAUGAUUUGAUUGGGUCAGGCUUGGGCGCCGUGGUGGCAUCGACCGUUGGCAUUGUCAUAUUUGGGGAAAUUGUGCCCCAGGCAUUGUGCUCACGCCACGGCUUGGCCGUUGGCGCCAACACCAUCGUGUUAACCAAAUUUUUCAUGCUCUUGACCUUCCCGUUAUCAUUCCCUAUUAGUAAGCUUUUGGACUACAUUCUCGGGCAGGAAAUCGGCACCGUUUACAACCGCGAGAAGUUAGUGGGGAUGCUGAAGGUCACCGAACCCUACAACGACCUGGUCAAGGAAGAGCUGAACAUCAUACAAGGCGCUCUGGAGCUCAGAACCAAGACGGUUGAGGACGUGAUGACGCCGCUGAGCAACUGCUUCAUGAUUCACAUCGACGCCGUGCUCGACUUCAACACCAUGUCUGAGAUCAUGGAAAGCGGCUACACGCGGAUACCCGUGUACGACACCGAGCGCUCCAACAUCGUGGACAUCCUGUACGUCAAAGACCUGGCCUUCGUGGACCCCGAUGACUGCACCACACUUAAAACGGUCACCAAGUUCUACAACCAUCCGGUGCAUUUCGUUUUCCACGACACGAAGUUGGAUGCCAUGCUGGAGGAGUUUAAAAAAGGUAAAUCCCACCUGGCCAUCGUUCAGAAAGUGAAUAACGAGGGCGAAGGAGAUCCGUUCUACGAGGUUCUGGGUCUGGUCACGCUGGAGGACGUUAUAGAGGAGAUCAUCAAAUCUGAGAUCCUGGAUGAGUCUGAUCUCUACACUGACAAUCGCAACCGAAAGAAAGUGGAUCCCAACAAGAACAAGAGGGACUUUUCUGCUUUCAAGCAUGAGAGGGAAUCCAAAGUCAAGAUAUCGCCACAACUAAUGCUAGCAGCACAUCGUUUCCUCGCUACUGAGGUGAGCCUUUUCAGUCCGCUCCAGAUUUCUGACAAAGUCUUACUGCGAAUUCUCAAGCACCCGGAUGUCAUUCAGGAGAUCAAGUUCAACGAGAGCGACAAGCGCUCGCAACAGCACUAUUUAUAUCAGCGCGGAAAACCUGUCGACUUUUUCGUCCUUAUCCUUCAGGGUCGGGUGGAAGUUGAGGCUGGAAAUGAGAAUAUGAAGUUUGAAACUGGUCCUUUCUCUUAUUAUGGAGUCAUGGCACUGACUGCACCAUGCCUGGCUGUCACCCCCCCUCUCUCUCCUUCCGUGGUGUCGCCUCGUCCGCGCCGCCUUUCGCUUAAGAGGUUUUCUCUGUUCUCGCGUUUCCCAGAGUUUCGCUCCCCAUCUCACAUGAGCGGUCUGAACCGCUCGGCAUCUCUGAGCUGCACGGAGAGAGUGGACUCAGUGUCCAUCAGCGGCAGUAACAGUCAGCUCAAUAACAGCCCCACGGCACAGUACGUCCCUGACUUUAACGUGCGGGCCCUCACUGACCUCCAGUAUGUGAAGGUCACUCGUUCGCAGUACCAAAACGGCCUCCUGGCUUCAAAACUGGACAGCACGCCCCAGUCCCCAGAGAGCAGCCACAUCCGCCUGGACCCCGGCCCUCUUCCGCCCUUAACCCCUCCCAUGUCCACCACCGGCAACCACACCAUAGCGCUGCCGGCCCCCAGAGAGAACGGGCCGGAUGAAACCACCUCGCUGCUCAACGACAAGAACAGCCUGUCCAAGCGUCGGCCGAGCCACAUCCACCCACACAACCAGUCGCACCUGAACACCAACGCCAACUCCAACUCCAGCCUCGCCCCUCGUCCCCACGGCAACAGCAGCCCGACGCCCCUCCCUAACCCUCACGCGCGUCACAUCCACACGUUCGCGCACGCGCACACCGAGAGCACCAUUUGACGACACUAAUCUGGGGCUCGGAGAGCUCCAGAGCUGACCGAAUGCGAUC